AUGAGCGGUCAAGCAGCCAGUUACUAUAACGAAAACGAACGCUUUGGCGGAGGCCAGCCUCCACCUCCGCCGCCGCAGCAGCAACCAUUCUACAAUAACAACGGCAAUAAUGGCAACUAUCAAUACGCCGACCCCAAUUAUCAAAGGGGUCCGGAGCCCAAGCAGCCUCAAGAACCCCCGCCGACUUAUAAUCAGGCCGUCUAUGGUUUUGACGAUGCUUUCAAGAUUGAGAAACCCAAGUUUAACGAUAUCUGGGCCGGUCUUCUGCUUAUCGCGGUGUUCCUGGGAUAUGUUGCAGUAUCGGGAAUAGCGAUCCACCGAUAUGCGAAAUACAAAGGUUUCAAUGGCGGCGGCAUCUAUGACUCAUCCAACACCUUCUCUCUUGACACUAAUACGCUGGUGCUGUUUAUAUUUGUACUCUGCGUGGCACUGGCCUUCUCGUGGGCCUACUUCCUCGGAGCUCGCUAUUUCCCCAAGUUUUUCAUCUGGGCUACAGGGAUUUUGAACAUCGUAUCCGCUUUGGCCACGGCGAUUUAUUAUCUGGCGAAGAAGCAAUAUGGUGGAGGUAUUGUGUUCCUCAUCUUUGGCGUCUUUGCCAUCAUUUGCUUCAUCAGUUGGAUUCCGCGCAUUCCAUUCACGGCAUUCAUGUUGGAGACCUCCAUCGAUGUUUCCAGAAAGCACGGACACAUGUUCCUCGUCAGUGCGAUCGGAGGCAUCGUCGCCGUGGCUUUUGGAGCUUGGUUCUCUGUGACCCUGGUCUCGAUCUAUGUCGCCUACGAGCCCAACAGCGGCGGGGUUAAUCCGGCAUGUCGUGACGGUGGGGGCUGCAGUACAGGCCGAGUGAUAGGUCUGGUCGUCUACGUGACAUUCGCCAUGUAUUGGUUCAGCGAAUGGCUGAAGAACACCGUCCACACAACUAUCGCUGGAGUCUACGGCACGUGGUACUUCUGGAGCAACUCGCCAAACGGCAUGCCGAAGGGAGCCACUCGUGGCGCCUUCAAGCGCGCCACAACCUACUCGUUCGGCAGCAUCAGUUUCGGCAGCUUGAUCAUCGCCCUCAUCAAUAUGCUUCGGCAGGCGUGCUCAGUCGCACAACGCCACGAGGCGGCAGAAGGGAACUUACUGGGUAGCAUCGCCUUCUGGAUUCUUGGGUGCUUCAUCUCCAUGCUGGAUUGGCUAGUCACCUUUUUCAACCGUUACGCCUUCUGCCACAUUGCCCUGUACGGCAAGCCAUACAUUGAGUCUGCGAAAGAUACAUGGACCAUGAUGAAAGACCGGGGCGUUGACGCGCUCGUGAACGACUGUCUCAUGGGACCCGUCUUAACCAUGGGCUCGGUCUUUGUGUCAUAUAUAUGUGCCUUGCUGUCGUAUCUGUACCUUCAGUAUACCCACCCCGCCUACAACAGCGGUGGGGAAUUCACACCCGUGAUUAUGGCAUUCUCUUUCGUGAUCGGCCUGCAGGUCUGCCAGAUCUUUAUGACACCAGUGGGCAGUGGUAUCGAGACAAUCUUCGCAGCCAUGGCGUGGGAUCCGCAGGUGAUGAUCCAGAGCCACCCGGACCUAUGGUAUCGCCUGGUCAACCUUUACCCUAAGGUUCAAGAGGCGGUUCACGUAUAA